AGACAAUCGCGUCGCAGUCGCUUCCAAGGAGCACGCCAGACACCGUUACUCCAAGGCAGGCCUACCAACCUAGGAGGGGCUGCGAAGACUCCACAUCCUGCUGACCGACUUCUCAUCGUACGACGUCACUGUCAAGGGGGGCCCUCGGUGAUAGCAGCCUUCAGGAACACACACAGCCGUCACGACUGGUGGGAUCAACAUGGCGGCCAACGUAACAGCUGCGGCAGCAGGUGUGGUGGGGAGGCAGGUGCUGUUCGGCUGGGUGGACUACGUGGCGUUCGCGCUAAUGCCCGCUCUCUCCGUGGCCAUAGGCCUCUACUUCGGCAUCUGCGGCCGCGCCAAGAACACCGCCCAAGUGGACUACCUGCACGGCGGGAAGACUAUGAGCGUGCUCCCCGUCGCCAUCUCGCAGAUAUCGAGUCACGUAUCUGGUAGCACGCUGGUGGGUGUACCUUCAGAGAUCUAUUUGUACGGCAGUGUCUACACUUGGAUUUGCUUGAGCGUCAUUCUGUUCUCUAUCGUCACCAACUUCGUCUUUCUCCCAGUCUUCUUCGAGCUUCAGCUCACAUCAACUUACGAGUACCUGGAGCGCCGCUUCAGCCGAAUAAUCCGUGUCCUGGCGUCGGGCUUGUUCACGCUCAACAUGGUGCUCCACCUGCCACUCUACCUCUACACGCCAGCCAUCUCUUUGAGCCAAGUAACUGGAGUCAGCGUCCACUGGAUCACGCCUGUUAUCUGCGUGAUGUGCAUUUUAUACACUAUGUUGGGCGGCCUGAAGGCGGUGGUGUGGACGGACUUCCUGCAGAGCGGCGUCACGCUGAUGGCCUUCAUAGCGGUGCUCGUCCUGGGCCUGGUGGGCGCUGGCGGCUUCUCGCACGUGUGGCAGGCAGCCAGCGACGGCGGGCGCGCCGACUUCUUUGUGAUGACCCCGGACCCAUUCGUCCGCAACUCCUUUUGGACUGUGGUGGUGGGUGCUACAGUUUCCUGGGUAGGAGGAAUCGCUGUUCACCAGGGGAUGGUACAGAAGUUUCUAUCUCUACCCAACAUGAGAGCUGCUCGGAAGUCUCUGGCGGGGUUCACUUUUGGUAUGAUCCUGAUACACCUCAUAAGCAUAUUCUGCGGAUUUUUGCUGUACGCCGAUUAUCAAGACUGCGACCCAAUUAAGACGAAAGAGAUAUCUCGUCCAGACCAGCUGCUACCCUUCUACGUGAUGAAAGUAGCUGGACACGUCCCAGGAUUGCCGGGGCUCUUCGUCGCUGGAAUAUUUGGAGCCGCUCUUAGUUCCAUGUCUGGUUGCCUUAACGCACUAUCUGGGACCAUCUACGAGGAUUUCCUGCUACCCCUGAUGCCUGGCAGGAAGUCGGAUGUCGUGGUGAACCUCAUUAUGCAGGGCAUCGUGCUGGUUGUGGGCGCCAUCACCGUUGCGUUGGUCUUGGUCGUCGAGAAACUGAGCACCAUACUUGAGCUGGGAUACAGUGUCAGCGGCGUCAGCAAUGGAGCACUGCUGGGACUCUUCUCGUUUGGCAUGCUUGUACCAUCGGCAAACACCAAGGGUGCUCUGGUUGGCAGUCUGUUGGGUAUGGCGGUGGUGGCAGUCAUUAUGUCAGGGGCUCAGAGCGCCCACGCCAUGGGCCGCAUGAGGUACCCCUCGCUGCCUACCUCCGUCGAAGGCUGCCCUGCCAACUUCACAUCGGUCAUCGAAACCGUCACACCGUCAAGUACUCCAAGCCCAGUGACGGACGAGGUACCGCUGCUGUUCCGGCUGUCGUACCUGUACUACACACUGGUGGGCGCCGUCGUCAUGGUGACGGUGGGCUGGGCGGUCAGCCGGCUGACGGGUCCCCUCAAACCAGGGGACGUGGAGCCGUCGCUGUUGGCGCCUAUGGUCCGGCCCAAACACCUGCGCCGGAAAAAUUGCUCCGCCGACGCCGACCCGGCGGUCCGAGUUGAGCUGCUCCAGCAGGCGAAGCAGCAACCCGAGACACACGGAGCGGCCUAAUGUGUCAACACACGACGACGAGGAGGCGGCAACCUCGCCGAGGGCUCCUAUACUCUGCCAGCCGUUUGCCUGACAUGUGGUCGUUAACACAUCUCUGAGUAACAGUUUCGCAUCUUACACGCAGGAGUAAUUAUAGUUUCCUCUGUGUUCCAAACAGGUAUCUAUUGAAUUACGACGUUUCUACUUACCGUACGCACUGCUGACCCUUUUAUGCAGACAGUCUCAAAUAAAAUUUUGUGUAGAACCAAACUGAGAAAAAUAUACCUAGCAAAUAUUGUUCAGAUACCAGGCGACUGGCUUUCUUAUAACGGUGCUAGUUACGGAGAAACGAACGGCAGUAUUCCUUUUUAAUCAGGAACGUCUACUUUUCAUUUGGAAAUCCGUUUCCUCUCCUCAAGACCCGUUUAACAACAUAUAACAGUGUACUAUGAUAUUACUAAAGAUUUUCCUCUAAUGCAUUUGCACGCAGUGCAGCUACCCAGCGUAGUGUAAAUCGUCCACUUCCUGCAGCUGUCAGUGAACAAAUAUUGUUACAACGAGCGGAAAAAUUCUGGUAUCGGACCAAAAAAAGGUGAAUAUGCUCCUUUUUAUUAGAAGACUCCGGCUAAAAAGUUAGGUUCGAGCAGCCUCAUUCUACACUCCUCAGCACCUUCAAAAUUUUGGCAAAAAUAUUGGCAUGAGAACAUAUUCAUGCUCUUUUUAGCAUCCAACUCACCUCUCACUCGCGAUAGCUGCCGUAACUGUAACUCUCAUCCACUAGUCAAUCGCUGUAAGUUUCUCAUUCUCAUUCAUUCCCAAUUGUCGAUGCUCACUCACUCAUUCAGCCUGACUCACUGACAUUAUCUCUUUGUGGUUCUCUAACUGUCACUGUCUACUGUUUAUAGCCACAGCCCUUCUCGUUCUGUCCUGCUAUUACUGUCUCCCUCUUGCUCUCUCUUACUUCUACUAUCUCAAUCAUUCGUUCCCAUUGCACCUGUCUCUUGCCACUGUCAUUAUCUCCCUCUUCUUCCUUGUCAUUGCAACAGCCUCUGUCUCUCAUCCAUGUCCACUUUCCCCUUCUCUUUAUUCCUCUCCCAAUCGCAACAUCUCCUUCACUAUUUUCCUAGCACUGUUCUCUCACUGUCAUGUUCCACUGCCACUGUAUCCUUCUCUUUCUCUCAUAAUUCUUUGUCUCCUUCGUUCUUUCUAUACCACAAUCAUUGUCCACUGUCUUCAAGCAUUUAUUACUUCUCCGUCUCUUUCCCGCUGUCAGUGUCUCCUUCUCUCUUAGCAUAAAAAGGUGCGAAUACAUUUGCAUGUGUAUAUUUUUGCGAAAAAUUUUAAAGGUGAUGAGGAAGGUCGAAUGCCGCAGCUGGUACGCUACUUUUCAGUCAGAUUCUUAAUAAAGAAGAGCUUCACCAUUUUCAUGCUAAGACAGAUGCAUUAAUCCACUGGUUUCCUUCUUUUCUCUGCCACAGUAUGACAUACCACUCACAUGAAAAGAACUUGAAGGGCCAAUAAAAUGACGAUAGUUUACUUCAGUGAAUCUCGGAUAACGAAAACUCAUUUACGCCUGAGACUAGAUUAAACAUGGACAGAAAAUUUGUAUGUGCUUGAGUAUUACAGCGUGGAGUUCGCAGAACCCUUCUAAUGAUAACGGAGACACUUGACAUUUUCACCGUGCUACGUAACUUUAUAAACUACAUUUUCACUUCACACAGUAUUUUGCGUUCGUAUUUUACGUACAUAAGUAGGAUAACUUUGAACCUCGGUAUUUCGGGAACGGAUAAAGAUACCUAUAAAAUUUCCAAAGCUAUUCGAUAUCGGGAUCUUAAGAAUGUAUUACAAAAAGUCCAAGUAUCAGCUUACUAGCGCUCCUCAUUAGACAAAAACAGUGUACCUGAGACAUGGUAUACAUUACACCACAUAGCUUACGAGAGGGUAUGCUGAUGUGAAAUAUAAAAUCAUAAUGGAAAUGACAUAAAGAAAUGUGUUCUGUGAAUUUUUACCUUGCUCUUCUGCAGUAUCUUUUCUGUUCAACUUUUCCACAACGAUGUAUAAGAAGAAGACAUAUAAUUUUGUAUGAAGGAUAACUAUUGUAUUUUUGCAGCUCGCAACAGGAAAAAG